UUUAGGAUGGCAAUAAUCAUCGCAUUUCCUUGACUGUUAUUGUUCAGCCGAAGGCAAUCAAAUCAGCCCCUCUGUUCCCGGUUGUUCCCUCGACUCGUUCCCGCGAAUCCCGCGAAUCCCGCGAAUCCCGUGAAUCCAGCCCAGUCAUCCGGAUUAACGACCGGAAAAAGACCAAAGAAUCAGUCCCUCUCCAGGAUUGGCUUGACCUUUCCACCGGGACUGAGGUCCCGGUAGCCAUGAGCACCACCGCCACGCCCCCCGUGGACGCUACACCCACGCCCAAUGCACCGGCCACUGGCGCCUCGGGCGGCGCGAUCCUGGCCUCGGCCAGUCCACACCAACGCCUCCUGGCCAAGCAGACCAUCAUCGACGAGUGGAGCACCCGCGAGAAGCUGUUCCUGGUGUCGGUGGUGAGCUCGAACGGCGGCGACCAGAACUGGGUCUCGGUGGCCCGCACCAUGAAGGGGUCCAUGGCCGCCACGGCCAACUCUGACGACCCCGACCAGGCCCGGCCCGCCGACUGGUAUUCGCAGAAGAACUGCGCCCUCCAGUACGACCGCAUGCUCGAGAAACACCAGAGAGACGCCCCGCCCCUGUCCCGGCGCACCAAGCGCACAUCUGAGUCGGGGGCCGCCGCUUCGGCUGCCGGAUCUGUGCCUGCCCCGUCUGGCGGGGCGACUGGCCCGGUGGGCCCGGGUGCUUCGGGGGCCGGGACCAUGGGCACGCCCGAUCCGGCCCAGGUCAUCGCCAAGAAACUCAAGGAUGAACGCACCAAGGAACUCAUGACGUUGGUCGAGCACACCAACCGUGUCAUGGCCAAUCUCAUGGAAGAGAUCGACGAGUUGGAAGACGAUCACAUUUCCGAGGAGCGCCUGGACGAAAUUGAGCGGGAAAUGGCCCAAGAAGAGGCCGAGGAACGCGCCCAAAAGCGGGCCCGCGAGGAAGCUAUGAAGGAGCGCGAGCGCAAGAAGCUUGAACUGGCCGCCGCCCUCAAAACCGGGGCUGCGGCCAAACCCCUGACGGGGGCCGCCUCAGCCUCGGUUCAGGCCGCCAAAGAGCGACGAUUGUCCGAGGCCUCCGAAGUCGCCACCGCCACGACCUCGACCUCCGCGGAUAAUGUGGCUCCCAUUCCAGCCGACUCAUCCGAAUCCACCGAGGCAGGACCAUCAGAAUCUCAAAACCCCAGAACGAAACGCAGUCAGAAAGAAGUGGAAGUGGUCGAAGACCGCUCUGAAAAGGCCGAGGAUGCGCCCAAGUCGACCCCAGCCAAAGUUGAGAAAGACACCGAAGACGAAGACAAAAAGCGUUUACCGCCUCCGUCGACGGCGUCGGUCAUUCCUACUCAAAGUGUCAUCACCACAUCCUCGUCCGGCGUGUCCACCGCGUCCACUGUUAACACGACUAGUACAUCAGCCGCGUCCGAUACGGUCACGCCUUCUUCGAACGUGCGAAGUAGUAAGCGGACCACUAGUGAGAAAUCCGAAGACAACGAAGAAGAAACCACGGGACCAAGCCGCGGACGUCGAACGUCCAAGCGCACAUCAGCCUCGAACCCCGAACCCGGGGGGGACGAAGAAACUAAUCCAGCCAUGCCCGAGAAUCGACGCCUCAGCCGCAUACGUGGUGCGGCCACGGGAUCGUCGCAUGCGGAUGAUGGCUCGGGCGGGUCUCGAGGUCGCCGAGGCUCGGGCACCACCUCUCGAUCCAGUUCACCCACCGGUAGUGAGGAUACGGUCCGUGAUGAAUCCGAAAGUGAGCCCAACACGCCGGGCUUGGUGCGUUCCACGCGCUCGCGGCGACGAUCGGGCAUUCGACCCGGUCUGGCCUUGGAGGAAUCCGCACCCAGCAGUCCAGCUUCCGCGCCCGCCGUCGAGUCAGCAGCCAAGACGGAACCCGUGGCGGAGAGUGGUGCAAAUAGCGGGGGUGGAGUGUUGUCAACGGCAAGCGAAGGAGCCGUGGCUGCUUCAUCUACGGCGAGUGCCAAGCCGUCGUUGACAGCGUCUUUGACCACCACGGCCGCCGCCUCGUCCAGUGCCGCUACGCCGACGACUGCGGCGACUAGUGGAACGGGCAAGCCGUUCAAGAAUCAAGGACUGUUGAUCCUCAACAACAUCCAGACCCAUCAGUUCGCCCUGACCUUCGAGACAGCGAUGAGUGCCAAGAGCGCGCCCGACUACCCGAAUAUCAUUCUCCGUCCCAUGGACCUCAAGACCAUCAAGAGCAACCUUGAGGCGGGAACGGUGAGCAAUAUGCACGAGAUGUUCCGUGACCUCAGUCUGAUGCUCCUCAACGCCACCAUGUUCAGUCCCACGGGAUCCCAGACCCAUAAAGAUGCCAUGGCGUUCUACCGGUUCGUGCAAGAACAGAUGCAAGAGGUCAUGGGAGCCCAUCUCUUAGCAACCUCGACCUCAUCGUCGACCUCGGGACAGACAUCAGCCUCGCCCUCAUCAUCGUCGUCCUCGAGUCGAGGAGGGGCCCUCGGAUUGGCGUCCAGUGGCUCGGUGUCCUCCAAGAUGAAAACCAAGGGUCGAAGGGAGGAUCGAAAGCGAGCCGCGGAGGAUACGCCCACCUCGUCGACCACGUCCAGUAGCAAGAAAAGGAAGCGAUGAACCCGCACUAAUUGAUGAAGAUCAUGAUGAUGAUGACCACGACCACGACUACCAACACCAAGAGCAUAGUGGGUGGUCAGCGUGGCAAGAG